GUUUUACAAGGUUGGCAAACACAUGAUUCUCAUUGGAUCAAAUGUUUUUUUUUUUUUUUUUUUUUUUGAUUCAACAAAUUUGUAAAAUAACUGUCAAAAAAAAAAAUUCAUUCAUCUGCUCCAAAAUUUCUUUUGUGAUUAACCGAGAUCAUUAUUUCGAUAUUUUCCCAAAAAGAAAAUAAUCACUGAAUAAUUAUUAAAUCAAUAAAUAAUUAAUUAAAUUGUCUAUAAAAAAAAAAAAGAAAAGACCGGUAAAUCACCGCAAAAAAAAACCGAAAAUUUAUUAAUUCAAUUAAUUAUUUAUUAACAAUGAAUUUUGCUAAUGACACAAUGUCGUUGUCAUUAAAAAAUUAUGAUCCAACAGUUGAAAGACAUUUCAAAGGACAUAAAAAAACAAUAACAAACAUAACAUUUCAUCCAGAUAAUUUAAAAGUUGCAACAAGUAGUUUAGAUAAUACAUUUAUGGUUUGUAAUUUUAAUAAAACAAUGAGAGCAAAUCGUUUUAUUGGACAUAAAGAAGCUGUUUAUGAUGUUGCAUAUGCACCAUCUGGUGAAGUUGUUGCAACAGCAUCAAAAGAUAGAACAGUAAGAAUUUGGGUACCAACAUUAAAAGGUGAAUCACUUGAUUUUCAAGCUCACAGUUCAACAGUUAGAUCAGUACAAUUUAGUCCAGAUGGCGAAAAGUUAAUCACAGCAUCAGAUGAUAAAAUUGUUAAACUAUGGAAAGUAUGUUUACGAAGAUUUUUAGCAUCUUUUGUUGGUCAUACACAUUGGGUACGUAGUGCAAAAUUUUCACCAGAUGGUAGACUCAUUGUAUCAUGCAGUGAUGAUAAAACUAUCAAGCUAUGGGAAAUUUCUAGUGGUAAAUGUAUCAAAACAUUUCAUGAAUUAAAAGAUCCAGCAAUUGAUGUUGAGUUUCAUCCAACUGGUGCUGCAAUUGGUACAGCAAAUACUGGUGGUUCUGUUAAAAUAUAUGAUUUAAGAAGUGGACUGAUGAAUCAACAUUAUCAUGCACAUACUGGUCCAGUUAAUAAAGCAAAAUUUCAUCCAAAUGGUAAUUUUAUGUUGACUGCAUCUGAUGAUGGAUCAAUGAAGGUUUUGGAUUUACUUGAAGGAAGACCAAUUUAUACACUGAAAGGACAUUGUGGUGCAGUAACUGCUGUUACAUUUUCACCAACUGGUGAAUUUUUUGCAUCUGGUGGUUAUGAUCAACAGCUACUUAUUUGGAAAACAAAUUUUGAUAAUGAUGAUAUUGUUAAAGAUGUUAAACAACGUAAUUUAUAUUCACCUUCUGUUAAAAAUAAAUCAAAUAAAUCAUCACAAGAUACAAAUAAUGAAAAUAAUCAAGAUGAAGAAAAUAAACAAGACAAUCAACAAGAUAUUAAUGAUAAACUUGAGUAUUCACCAGAUUUUGAGGAUUUAAGUGACAACGAGGAGCUGCAAAAUGACGAUGAAAUAUUAACAGAUCAAUGUGAAAAAAUAAAAGAAUUACCUACUUGUCAAAUUGAGGUAAUAAAUACAAGAAAUUCUGAAAAAAGAGAACAAGGAUAUGUUAAUAUUGAAACAGUAUCAACAAUAAAGCUAAAUGAAUCAACAAAUACCAGUCAAACAAGAACAGCUAUUCUUGAAAAAUUAAGUGAACAAGUUGAUUCAAUUAAAGACAUGAUUGUUAUACUUGAAAAAAGAUUAACAACUGUUGAAGAAGAACUUAAAAAUUAAUUAUUCAUUAUGUAUCAUUAAAUUAUUAAUUUUAUUUUCAUUUAUUUAUAAUUUAUUAUUUAAUAUUAACUCAUUUACUCAAAGUAUUUUUCUUCUUCUUGUUUUUGCAUGUAAAAAACUCAGGAUAUUUUAAGUAUUUAAUCACCAAUAAGUUAAUUAAUUUUUUUUUUGUUAUAAAUAAUUAUUUUUUAUACUCAAUAAAUCAUAUUUAUUAAA